CCAAACUAUAAUAACAAGUACCUAGUGUACACAUUUGGCACAACUCGGUCCAGGUCUUGGUUUUCCACUGCCAGGAACAUCAAGAAUGUUGUCAAGAUGUCUGACACUGUUGGUACUGCUGUGCUAUGUGGGGCACGUGUAUGCCAGGGAGAUGACAUGUAAUGAGUUGGAUGAUGGGCAGGAAGGUCACGACCCUGCAAGGAUGGUGAAACACGGACCCUACUUCAUCGUAUAUUACAGUGGACUUGAACAGACAUUCAUUGAUCCAGUAAAUGGUAAAUGGAAUAUAGGUCUUGGAUUCGCUAAACAUGGCUUCAUACUAAAAGGGGAUAACCUCCCCCGGUGGAUAUAUGAUGAACUUGGGGAUAAGCUAAAUGGAGACCCUAUAGAACCAGGAACUGCUCCUGGGAUGUUGAACGAGACUGUGAUGUACUACUGUGUAACCGACUGGGACCUGGACGAUGGCUCAGCAUGUAUUGGACGCGCAGUAGCACAGGGCGACCCACCUUUUCCUACCUGGGUGGAUGACGGUAAAGUCAUCUGCUCGACAAGUGUGGACGCUCAGCUCGACAUUGGACCGUUUAAUAUCGACCCAGCUGCUUUUAACGAUUACGAGGGCAGGACUUGGUUGAUAUGGGGGUCACAUUAUAGUGGAAUAUGGAUGCUUGAACUAGACUACCAUACGGGUCACCUGUUCCCACUUGAUGAACCCGGUUGGGACGGUGACAACCCGAACUACAUCCGGGUAGCGUCCGCAGAACAUGACGGCGAGGAUGGAAUUGUGACGCCUGAUCACAGAGACUAUCUUGGCGGUCAGAUAGAGUCAGCCUUUGUCACCAAACAUAACAACUGGUAUUACUUGUUCGUUAACUGGGGCCGCUGCUGCAGGGGGCACGCCAGCACAUACAACAUCCGUGUGGGCAGGUCCAGAAGCCCAAGUGGACCUUACUUGGACGACCUUGGCAGAGAUAUGAAAGACAGGGCUGGGAAGCAGUUCCUGCAGACUGAGGGGAGACACAUAGGUCCUGGACACGCAGGGGUGUUGGAAUACACCAAUGGAUCGACUACGACCUACAUAUUCACUUAUCACUACUAUGACAGGGACAUGGCGGCGGGAACUGCUCGUAUCGUUGCCAUGGAGAUGACAUGGAGCGCAGACGACUGGCCCGUUCUCUCCGAUACAUACUUCAAUCCUUAUCCGGACCCACUUCAUGGUAAAUGGGGAAUACAGACAAAGGGCACACAGCGCUAUUGGCACGAAGAUGGUUUGAGUACCAAACUGAUUAACACAGUGUUCCAGGGAGGCGACGCUCACAAUGUCUUCAUGUUUGAUAGAACCGAAGAUGGCUCUUAUAGAAUCAGAGUUGAACACGAGAGGGGGCUAGUGCACGAACACGGUAUUGGUGAUCAGUUGUUGUCAACAAGGUUUGGGACAGAAGAUGAUCAUUCACGAUAUUUCUUUGAGCUUCAGCCGGAUGACGGUUCAUACAGAAUCAGGGUGAAAGCUAACGGCAGGUACGUUAGUGAGAAUGCGGACCAGACCAUCGGAACCCUCAGCCAGGUGGACGAUGACAACAGCCGCUUUUUCCUCACAAAGUUAAAUUAAUUCAUUUGUAAAAACGUAUUUAUGCAAUACAUAUACGUAAUACAGAUAUGUCGUUGUGCAAUCUGAAAGUGCAAUACAUCGCUCGGCAUAUAGCCUACUAUUCUAUAAUCUAUUUCCUCAUCCCACCUUCCUUAUAAAUGAAUAUUUUCAAUCUACAUUGUUCUUCAAUUAACUAAUGCUGAAUCCAAUAAAAGAGUUACAUCUUUUUAGCACUAGAUAUAGUAUAUUAACAUAGCCUGGAUUCACUUUGAAAAGUAUACAAG